AUGGCGAAAAUAGUAAGAAAUGCGACGUGGAUUAAGGAUAUUUCCGAGUCAGAAUUUAGUGGAGAAAAAGCCUGUUCAAAAAUAAUUGUUUGUGAGAAGAAAAAGUUUCAAGUGGAUCAGCAUUUAGAAACAGCACUGCAUAUCGGGAAGGUUGCAAAAAUGAAAUAUGCGCCUGUUCAACAGAAUGUUAAAAACGCAUUUCAAAAUGUGGGUGCAAAAUCGGAUAAGGAACUUUUUCAAAAAGACUUGUGUCAAACUAUGAUGGCAGCUAACAUACCACUAAGAAAACGUCAGCAUCCCCGAUUUAGAAGUUUUUUACAAAGGCAUUGCAACUAG